GAGCGACGGGGAGGAGGAACUGCUGAGGAGACCGAGGGCGAGGAGCGGCGAGCCGGAGGAGGCGGCGGCCGCGCGCGCACCGGGUUUUCCUCGAUUGCGGGGAUCUCAAGGGGCGAAGGGAUCGCCGGGGAGGAGGACCGGAGAGCCGCGCCUGUCGCGCGGCGCGCCCCUUCCCGCCCCCUGCACCAUGAGCUGGGGCACCGAGCUCUGGGAUCAAUUUGACAACUUAGAAAAACACACACAGUGGGGAAUUGACAUUCUUGAGAAAUACAUCAAAUUUGUAAAGGAAAGGACAGAGAUCGAACUCAGCUAUGCAAAGCAACUCAGGAACCUCGCAAAGAAAUACCAACCUAAAAAGAACUCGAAGGAGGAAGAAGAAUACAGGUAUACGGCUUGUAAAGCUUUCCUUUCCACCCUGAACGAAAUGAAUGAUUACGCUGGGCAGCAUGAAGUUAUCUCCGAGAACAUGACCUCGAACAUCACUGUGGAGUUAGCCCGCUACGUCCAGGAACUGAAGCAGGAGAGGAAAUCGUACUUCCACGACGGGCGGAAGGCCCAACAGCACAUAGAGAUCUGCUGGAAACAACUCGAAUCAAGUAAAAGACGAUUUGAACGGGACUGCAAAGAGGCGGACAGAGCGCAGCAGUACUUCGAGAAGAUGGAUGCGGACAUCAAUGUCACCAAAGCAGAUGUUGAAAAGGCGCGACAGCAAGCUCAAGUACGUCACCAAAUGGCAGAGGACAGCAAAGCAGAUUACUCAUCAAUUCUCCAGAAAUUCAACCACGAGCAGCAUGAAUAUUACCAUACUCACAUCCCCAACAUAUUUCAGAAAAUACAGGAGAUGGAGGAAAGGAGGAUAGUGCGAAUCGGGGACUCAAUGAAGACCUAUGCGGAGGUGGACCGGCAGGUGAUUCCGAUCAUUGGGAAAUGCUUGGAUGAAAUAGUAAAGGCAGCCGAAUCCAUCGAUCAGAAGAAUGAUUCCCAGCUGGUAAUAGAAGCUUAUAAGUCCGGGUUUGAGCCUCCCGGGGACAUUGAAUUUGAGGAUUACACUCAACCGAUGAAACGCACCGUGUCAGAUAACAGCCUUUCGAAUUCCCGAGGAGAAGGCAAACCAGAGCUCAAGUUUGGUGGCAAAUCCAAAGGAAAGUUAUGGCCUUUCAUCAAAAAAAAUAAGCUUAUGUCCCUUUUAACAUCCCCCCAUCAGCCUCCCCCUCCUCCCCCUGCCUCUGCCUCACCCUCUGCUGUUCCCAACGGCCCCCAGUCUCCCAAGCAGCAAAAGGAACCCCUCUCCCAUCGCUUCAACGAGUUCAUGACCUCCAAACCCAAAAUCCACUGCUUCAGGAGCCUAAAGCGUGGGCUUUCUCUCAAGCUGGGCGCCACGCCAGAGGAUUUCAGCAACCUCCCGCCCGAGCAGAGAAGGAAAAAGCUGCAGCAGAAGGUCGAUGAACUAAAUAAAGAAAUUCAAAAGGAGAUGGAUCAAAGAGAUGCCAUAACAAAAAUGAAAGAUGUUUACCUGAAGAAUCCUCAGAUGGGAGACCCAGCCAGUUUGGAUCACAAACUAACCGAAGUCAGCCAAAAUAUAGAAAAACUGCGGCUAGAAUCCCAGAAAUUUGAGGCCUGGCUGGCGGAGGUGGAAGGCAGGCUGCCGGCACGCAGCGAGCAGGCCCGCCGGCAGAGUGGAAUGUUCGACGCCCAGAACCCGGCCACGGUCAACAACUGUGCCCAGGACCGCGAGAGCCCGGAUGGCAGUUACACGGAGGAGCAGAGUCAGGAGGGUGAGGGGAAGGUGCUGGCCACGGACUUCGAUGACGAGUUUGAUGAGGAGGAGCCCCUGCCCGCCAUCGGGACCUGCAAAGCCCUCUACACGUUCGAAGGUCAGAAUGAAGGGACCAUCUCCGUGGUUGAAGGAGAAACACUGUAUGUGAUCGAGGAAGACAAAGGCGACGGGUGGACCCGCAUUCGGAGAAAUGAAGAUGAAGAGGGUUAUGUCCCCACUUCGUACGUCGAAGUCUAUUUGGACAAAAAUGCCAAAGAUUCCUAGAGGCGGUUGCAGGAGCCGGAGCCUCAGUGAGCCUUCCCAGGAGAAACCCUUCGGUCUGCUUGUCUGCGCAGGCCCCAGGCACCCGCGCGCACAGAUGGCUCCCGGGCUGGGCCAGCGCGCGGCCCUCCGACGACAUCUCAGCCUGAAGCCGCACCCCCCCCCGACCCGCCACGCGGGUGCUUGCCUUUUUCUUUCUUUUCUUCCCACAGCAUGCUUCUCAUGGCCCUGCUCCCCCCACGGCCCAUCCGGCCACCGCUCUGGGGGCAGUUCUGUCCCUGUCCCCCCACCCCCACCCCACCCAGGGCCACGGAAGGCAGCUAGACACGUGCUCCCUCC